GGAUUUGUACCAACAUGUCUUUCUAACAAUUAAAGUCCAAAAUAAUGGUAAUUGUAUGUAUAAUAUCCCCCACCUGACCUGACCGCCCAGCCAAAGACCACAAUAACAAUCUCUCUCACACACUAACACACCUUGAAAAAACACGCACAUGACAAUUAUCUCACCACCGCCAUGCCGUCAUCAGCUAUACCUUCAUCCUGGUCUUCUCACAACCGGCCGGAAUUGCUAAUUGCUCGCCUGAGAUCCGCCGGAGAAGGCAGACUCAAAGCUUUAAGAGAAUUGAAGAACCAAAUAAUCGGCAAUCGCACCAAAAAGCUGACGUAUAUCAAGCUCGGCGCUGUUCCUUCCGUCGUCGAGAUUCUAACCUCCGCCGUUUUCGACACCUCCGGCGAUGUUCAUUCAAUUUUAAUUCAGUCGUGUGCUGUUCUCGGAAGCUUCGCUUGUGGUGUUGAUGCUGGUGUUAAGGCCGUGCUUGAGGCCGGAGCUUUUUCGCAUUUGAUGAUUCUUAUUUCCCAUCGUAAUGAUAAGGUUGUUGAUGCCGCUGCUCGUUCCUUACGAAUGAUAUAUCAAUCCAAGUUGGCCCCGAAGUACGACUUUCUUUAUGCAAAAAACAUUGAGUUCAUUUUAUCAUUACUGAAUAAAGGGAAUGAAAAUGUUACUGGACUUGGUGCUAGUAUUAUUACACAUUCCUGCUGGUCAAAGAUGGAGCAGAGAGCUCUCAGUGAUGCUGGAGUCCUCAAGAAGCUGGUGUCCCUUCUUCGAGGUUCUCUAAGCCAGAGGGAUGCUAGCUUAGAGUCAUUAGCCUCGCUUAUCAAAGAUAAUCCAGAGGUCAUCUCGAAGUUUGUUGGACCUGAAAGUGGAAGAGCUUUAAGUGCUGUGACCGAGUUAACAAAAGAUAGAUAUCCUCGGACGAGGUUGCUUGCUUGCAUGUGUUUGAUUGUAGUACAAAGCUCUUCUCCUGCCUCUCUUCAAGUUGCAGGAAUUAAAAUGAAAUUGAUAACGAUUUUGCUUGAGCUUAUGGAUGACCCUGGUGAAGUUGGGGAUGAAGCUGGCUUUGCUUUGUCAAGUUUCAUUUCAGAAUCAGAGGAUCUGCAGAAAUUAGCAUUUGAGGCAAAUGUUGUUGAUAGACUAUGUGACCACUUGCAGAAUUGUUUAUUACAGACUCGCCGUUAUCAAGGUAUAUUGCUUGCAUUGGCUGGUCUAUGCUCAAAACUGGAGUGCUGCAGAUCGAAAAUCUUUUCACAUAAGGCAUUCAACUUGAUAAUUGAUGCCUUAAAUCAUGAAAGAUCCGAAGUACGUGUGGCAGCAUGCAUUUGCUUAAAGAGUCUCUCUCGCUCAGUCCAGCAUCUGAGUGCAGGUCACUUUAAGACAGAAUUAAUCAUUAUGCCUUUGGUUAAGCUCUUGUGCGAUACUUCUACUUCUGAGCAGGUAGCAGCCCUUGGUGCUAUUAGCAACAUAGUGAUAGAUUUUGCUAUGCACAAGUCACUUCUCGUUAAAUGUGGCGGUGUCAAGCAGCUUGUUCAGCUAUCAAAAUCCAUGGACUCAACUAUCAGAGUAAAUGCUGUUUGGGCUUUGAGAAACUUAAUGUUUCUUGUGGACAAUACAUGCAAAGAAGGAAUUUUUUCUGAGCUUACAGCAAUGACAUUAAGAAGCCUUAUAUGUGAUCCCAAACCUUCUGUCCAGGAGCAAGCUCUGGGCCUUGUUCGGAAUUUAGUUGAUGGAUCUGUAGAUUCUAUCGAGUACAUGUUUCUCGAGGACUGUCUCUUACUCAAUACUGUUGGAAGGCAACUGCUGAGUGCUUCUAAGACUGAAGUUCUGAUUCAGGGGAUGUUUGUCCUUUGCAACGUGUCUUCUGGGAAUGAGUUUCACAAGGAAGCAGUUAUGCACCAAUUAAUGACACCAGCAGACCCUGAUACCUUGUCGAUUGUGGUCAAGUUCUUGCAAAAUAGUGAUAGCCAAUUACGCGUAGCUGCUGUCUGGGCUUUGGUAAAUCUUACCUCUCCCAGCAGUCCUGGUGCAUUUGCUCGUGUUGUAAGAUUAAGAAAUGCUGGUGUUGUUCAACAAUUAAAGACUAUGGUCACUGAUCCGUGCUUGGAUGUGAAGCUUCGUGUGAGAACAGCACUGGGGCAGACCAUGACUUUUGAUGCCAGUGUGGUAUGAAUCAAUUUUCCUAUACGCUAAAACAUAAUCGUCAACAAGGAGUGUAAUUCAGAAUGGCAUAAUUACAGCAUGGUAUGCCUAUGCUAGAGAUUUAUCAUGUCACCGUUCAUGAUACGAGAGCUCAGAUGUAUUUCUGUACUGUUGUAAUAGUGAGUGAAAUCUGAUUAUUUUGUUAGUUUCACCACCUCCUGCACAAAUUUAAUAUUUUCGAAACGUUCCCUAGCCUCUAAUGUCAUUUACUGGUUUCCCUACUCUUCUUUUGGGGGCUCGAUUGGAAUCAAAUUAAGAACAAUAUAUUUUGGUUGA